AUGGAACCGGACCACAACCGUCUGCGGUUGAACUUCCAGUUUGACAUCCAACAAAAUUUCGACGCGGCCAACGCAAGAAUGUAUCCUACCACGCCCUCCACCUUUCCUCAGCCGAUCUAUGGUGGACAACAGCAGGAAUAUGGAGGCACUCCCACCACUAAUAAUGGCUACUUCAUGAAACAGCCCUUCCCCCAACCGUCACCGCAAUCUCAAUAUCAGCAACAAUAUCAAUAUCAAGCACAGGGCGGUCUGCAAUCUCCUCAACCUGCAUAUCAAGCUAAUUCCCGCCCAUACAUGGUCAAUAACAAUAACGAUGGAACCAGUGGCCUGAUCCAGCAAUUUUCCAAUCAAGAUUUGAGUGCCACACCCCGGACCAAUAUCAAUCGUACACCGUCACCUGCCACUUCGCGUCCUCGAACCGCUGGCGAAGCCAGACAAGCCCAGAAUCCCUAUCAGAGCCAUUUGGCACCACCAAUGCCCAGACCUUCUCCCAAACCGGAAGAAGAGGAACAACCGAAUCCACGCAAAUAUUCCGACAACAUUCUAAAGCGGGGGACUGCCGCGAAGCAGCUGGUCAACAGUUUUUUCCAAGAGAAUAUCGAGCGAGCAAGAGAUCGGAACAGUCGUGCGAAGGAGCUCGACGCAAUCCUGAAGAAUCCGGCGAUCGGUGAUCUUGAGAAACAGAAGGAAAUCAAUACAUUGGCGCAAAAGGAGGCACGCUUUCUAAGAUUCAUUCGGACCAAAGAGACUCCGCAUAAUUUCCAAACCAUCAAAGUCAUUGGCAAAGGAGCUUUCGGCGAAGUCAAAUUGGUGCAGCGGAAAUCUGAUGGGAAGAUUUACGCUUUGAAAUCUCUGAUCAAGUCGGAGAUGUUCAAGAAGGAUCAAUUGGCUCAUGUUCGCGCUGAGCGUGAUAUUUUGGCGGACUCCAAAGACAAUCCAUGGCUGGUCAAGCUGCAUGCUUCAUUCCAGGAUUCGGCAUUCCUCUAUAUGUUGAUGGAAUUCUUGCCCGGUGGUGAUCUGAUGACCAUGUUGAUCAAAUAUGAGAUCUUCUCUGAAGAUAUCACACGAUUUUAUAUGGCUGAGAUUGUGAUGGCGAUUGAAGCGGUCCACAAACUCGGCUUUCUUCAUCGUGACAUCAAACCGGACAACAUUCUCCUGGACAGAGGUGGCCACAUCAAAUUGACCGACUUUGGUCUCUCCACGGGCGGGCGCAAACAGCACGAGAAUUCAUACUACCAAGCCUUGCUCAAAUCCAAUGCAAAUGACAAGUCAGGAAAUCGAAAUUCGAUGGCUCUCAAUGAGCAAAUUAAUCUCACCGUCAGCAACCGUGGACUCGUGAAUACCUGGAGAAAAUCGAGACGCCACAUGGCCUAUUCGACCGUUGGAACUCCUGAUUACAUUGCUCCGGAAAUCUUCUUGGGUCAGGGCUAUACUUACCUCUGCGAUUGGUGGUCGGUGGGGGCCAUCAUGUUUGAAUGUUUGGUUGGCUGGCCGCCAUUCUGCGCCGAGGACACUCAUGACACUUACCGCAAAAUUGUCAACUGGCGGGAGUCGUUGUACUUCCCAGACGAGUUAGUCUUGGGCCGAGAUGCUGAAGACAUGAUUCGGAGCUUCCUCUGUGACGCGGCAGAUCGGUUGGGCAAAGAAGGAGGAGCUCAUGACGGAGCAUCGUCCAUCAAGAAACAUCCAUUCUUCCGUGGAGUUGUGUGGGACCAACUGCGAAAGAUUCGGGCUCCAUUUGAACCCAAACUGUCAUCCAAUAUUGACGUCAGCUACUUCCCGAUCGACGAAAUCCCACAAGAAGACAACAGCGCAAUGCACCGAGCACACGCCAAGCAGAACCAACCCGAGCAGGAUGCAGAAAUGAGCUUACCGUUCAUUGGAUACACGUAUAAAGCGUUCAAUGCAUUCCAGAAUUCCUAG